AUUUCAGUAUAGAAUAUUAAAAGAUUUCCCGAUUCCCAUAAGGCUGCGAUGGGACCUGUUGCCUCCCGUCUUCUCCGGACCUCCUCUUUCACUGGUGAUCUUAGUCCCAGUCGCUCCGUCCCGACUGCCGCAAACCUUCAGCCCGAGUCUUUUGCGUGUUCUUGCAACUAAUCGACCUUUCCGAAGCCGAUCCCGUCACAGAUCUGGCCGAGAUGCCAUUUCAUCUACUACCUCGAGGCGCGCCGCCACAUCCCGAUGUUUUAACGAUACCCACACCUCCACUCCAGGAGACUGCAAUCAUCAUCAUCUUCUUCUUUCCAGCUCUAUCGGUUUGCACGUUUGGCCUACGGGCGUAUGGCCGGAUAAGCACGCGUCAAUGGGGACUAGAUGACUGGCUAUGUGGCCUAGCCUUGCUAUUUGCAGUCUUAAUGACACCUCCUCUAUUCAUGUUUGUCAAACUGAAUUAUUUCGGAUGGAGAGCUGUAAAUGUCCCCGAGGAUUUCGACAACAAGGCCGGACUGUGGUGGAACUUUUUGGUACAGAUGGCCUACAAUCCAGUCCUCGCUUUGGUCAAAGCAUCGGUAUUGGUGUUUCUACUCCGACUAGGUGGCCAAAAGCGAGGCGUUCGAACCGCUAUUAUCGGACUCAACAUCUUCAACGCAUGCCACGCAGUCGCCGUAUUCUUUACCGCCUUAUUCCAAUGCCUACCGAUGGAGGCCAACUGGGACUUCUCUCUGCGAGGCCAGCCAGGCACAAAAUGCGUCGACAACUCGUUUCACGUCAUUGCAUCUUGCAUCACGAUCGUCUCGGACCUUCUAGUGCUCGCCUUGCCCUUUUGGAUAUUUCUCGGGCUCAAAAUGCCAAUGGCGGCCAAAAUGGCAGUCAUUGGGGUUUUCCUUAUGGGUCUUGUAGUUACGGUUGUUGCUGUCAUCCGAGUCAUCCAGAUCUACAAGCUAUUCUUUGUCCCAUCACCUCCAGGGACCGAUCACUUUCACAACAUUGGCCUUGUGAGCUCUACUGUUGAGGUUAAUCUAGCUAUUUUCUGUGCCUGCAUCCCUGCAUUGCGCCCUCUAUUCCGCCGAUGGAUGCCUAAGUUGUUCGGGGGCACGACCAAGAAGACGACCGGGAAAGGAUACUACGGAAAAUACGCGACCGGUUCAUUACGAAACCCAACGGGAGUACAAGAGAGCAACGAUAUUACACUCAAAGAAAUGCGCUCAAGAGCACACUGCACGGAAAUUCGCAGUGUUUCCCCAUCGGGUUCUGAAGAGGAAAUCAUGACAUACAACGGAAUCGUCAGAACAACAAACGUCAACGUCCAGUACGAAUCCAACACCAGCGUAAACGACUUGGAAUCUCGACACUCGAGCGAGUUCAAAACGAUCGACAAACCAACGAAGGGGACAGCUUUCUGAGCUGCAGGAGAUGCUUGAAAUUUUAAUCGGUGUUCUUGGGCGUUGUGGAUCGCGGGACAUCCCGCCAGGGUUUCAAUAAUACCACUUUUUGGAUCUGCCGGGUGCGAGCAAGGAACCAUUACCUAGUCCGCACCAUGCACGGCUUUAGUUUGCUGCCAUUUUUUGCACGUUUAUACUAAAUACCUUGGAUACCCUUCUAUAAUGUCACUUUGGUUUACUGUUGAUCUGCUG